UAUGUAAAAUAAGCCUUCAUAAGAUGCAUUUGAUGAAGUUUAAGGAUCAUUUUAAAUGGAUGAUCAAUUUAAUGUAUAGGAAGGAUAUAGAAAUUCAUUUGAUGAAAUUCCUGUCAAUUAACUAAGGUAUUACUUCUUUAUUUAUAAUUAAUAGUGGUGAUGAAGCUUUAGAGAAGAGUUUUAUGUAAUCUACAGCGCAAUCAUCAAUAUGGUAAAAAAGGGGAUAGAAAACAUCAAUUCCUAUGACAUCAGUAAUUAUAAUGAAGAGUAUGGUGGGAGUAGGAAUAUUAGGAAUAGUAUUAAUUGAAUAUAAUUUAGCCUUAUGUAGCAUCAAAUUUUGGAGCAAUAUUAACAAUUCUAAUUCUAAUGAUAAUAUUUAAUAUUGGAAUCCUUUCUUCAAAUUUAUUGCUUAAAUCUAAGAAUUUAUCCAAAAGAAGUAACUUUUCAACUAUUGGAUUUUACAUAUUCAAACAUAAAUGGAUUAUAAUAGUAGUGAAUGUGAUGAUUAUUUUAUCAAAUUUGGGAGUAUGUUUAAGUGAAUUAAUGUAACAAAAAUAUAUAUAUUUAGUAUUUUCGGAGAUACAGUAAGCAAUCUUAUAAAUUAUUUUACUGAUAAAAGUACAGAAGAUUAACCAUUCUAUUUAACAAGACCAAUUUUUUUAAUAGUGUUAAGUAUAAUCUUACUUCCUUUUUUGAUUGUAAAAUCAAUAGAGAAGUUAAGAUUUGUAAGCUUAUUUGCUAUUUUAUCAAUCAGUUCUUUUUCAUGUCUUGUAAUCUAUAAUUUUUUUUAAAUUGAUAAAACAAAUAGUCAAUUCUCAUGGUGGAUUCCAGAUGAUUUUGAAAUAAAAAGAGCCUUAGCAUCUAUGCCAACAUUAAUAUUAGCAUUUAAUUGGCAAUUUAAUUUAUUUCCUAUAUAUAAAGGAAUGGCGCAACCUACUGAUUCAAAUUUACUCAUUUCUACAAUAUUCGGAUUUUGUUAAGGAUCUAUAUUAUAUUUAAUAGUUGGAUUACUUGGAUAUGCAAGCUAUGGAAAAAAUGUAACAAAAAAUUUAUUAUUUAAAUAUAGAUAGAACCAAACUUUUUAUUAAGUAUUAAUGAAAAAGAUGUUGGAGCUGUUUUAUUUGUUAUUUUGAAUUUAUCUUUUGUAUUUUCUACAACUCUUACAUUACCAGUCAUAUUUUUUGGAGGUAGAAAUAAUUUUAUAUAGAUGAUUAAACAAUUCACUGUAAUAAAUUAAUAAUUAUAUUAUUAGGAAAAUAAAAAAGUUAAUAUUUUGGCCAAAAAGAAAUUACUAGAUUCUUCUUAAUAAAAUGAAUAGUAUUACAAAGAUCUUUUGUAAUUUCGAAAAAAAUCUUAAGCCAUUCGAUUUUAUGGAAUCAGCAUUUUGUUAUUCAUAUUAUUAGCGAUUGGAGCAGUUUUCAUACAAAAUUUAGGAACUGUCUAUAAUUUAUUAGGAGCAAUCGCUUGUAAUGCAAUUUAAUUGGGAUUACCUACUUUGUUUUAUGUAUUCUUAGUAAAGCAAGUGAAAAAAAUGAAAUUCCGUAAUAAAUUAAAUAGAUUAUUUUAUUUUUUCGUAUGUGGUUUAUUGUGUGUAAGCAUUAUUCUGACAUUCUUAUGUGUAACAUGUGAAUUUAUUCAACCAGAAAAAGCAUGA